GUAUUCACGACCUCUGCACCGCGUCUCACUUCAACAAACAAAAAAACCAAAAACAAAACACAAAAACCGUGUGCAUCGUAUAUACAGACACAGAGACACACAUCUUUCGAUCUUUAUCGGGCGUGAGUUAUCGCAAAAUUCUCUCUCUUUUCCUUUCUCCCCUGAACAGUACCGAUCGAUCCACACCACCAUCAUAUCCCCACGGCCCCGUUUUACCUGGCACCGCGCUCGGUCGAUUCGUAAGAGUUGAAGCCGCGGCGGACGUCGCGCAACCAAACGUUUCGCUCGUUUGAAAAGCGACCGCGGAUCCAAGCGUACGCAAACAAGUGUCUACGAAUCGUUCUGGGAUGAUGCUGCUGCGCAACCAGACUCUCGUCAACGGUCCAUUGGCUUUCGUCAGCGAGGAGUCCGGGUAUCCCGCAUCGACGCGAGAGAGAUUCUUGGGAUGGAACGUCCCCCCGGAAUAUUCGGACCUUGUGCAUCCCCAUUGGAGGGCAUUCCACGCACCUGGGAAAUUUUGGCACAUAGGCUUGGCGCUCAUUUACACCGUAUUGCUCCUUAUGUCGGUGGUGGGAAACGGAUGCGUCAUAUGGAUAUUUAGCACAUCGAAAUCGUUGAGAACGGCUUCGAAUAUGUUUAUAGUCAGCUUGGCGGUAUUCGAUCUGUUGAUGGCGGCCGAGAUGCCCAUGUUCCUUGUGAGCUGCUUCAUGGAACGUAUGAUCGGCUGGGAAGUUGGUUGCGACGUCUACGCGAUUCUUGGGGGUCUUUCUGGAAUGGGACAGUCGAUUACCAACGCUGCGAUCGCCUUCGAUCGAUACAGGACCAUUUCCUGCCCGAUCGACGGACGGCUCAACUCGAAGCAGGCCGCGGUAAUUGUCGCCUGCACAUGGCUCUGGGCGACGCCGUUCAAUGUUUUGCCGCUGCUGAAAGUCUGGGGUCAAUACACCACCGAGGGCUUUCUGACCACUUGCUCGUUCGAUUUCCUCACGGAGGACCAAGACACCAAAGCCUUUGUUUUGAGCAUUUUCAUCUGGGCCUACGUAAUACCGUUGAUUUUCAUCGUUUACUUUUACUCUCAGCUACUCCAGUCGAUUCGCAACCACGAGAAAAUGCUGCGCGAACAGGCUAAGAAGAUGAACGUGAAAUCAUUGGUGUCGAACCAGGACAAAGAGAGAAGCGUCGAGAUGAGAAUCGCCAAAGUGGCGUUCACGAUUUUCUUCCUGUUCCUGCUCGCGUGGACACCGUACGCGACGGUCGCGCUGAUGGGAGCGUUCGGCAACCGGGAACUGCUGACGCCGGUUUCGACGAUGUUGCCAGCCCUGUUCUGCAAAACUGUUUCCUGCAUCGACCCGUGGAUAUACGCGAUCAAUCAUCCGAGGUAUCGUCAAGAGUUGCAAAAACGCUGCAAAUGGAUGGGCAUACACGAACCGGAACCGGUCCACGACAACGCUUCCGCCCAGACCGAAAAGAUGAAAUCGGAGGACGCGUAAGAGUCGCGCGUCCGAAUACUCGUAUCCGGUUGCGCCCACGGGUAAGAUUCUCUUUGGGGCGUUCGAUCGAGACGCAUCGAACGAGCCGCCGCCACCACCACCGUCGCCGGUGCGAUCUCGAUCUUUGGUCCUUGGUUUUUCACUUUCUGUCUGGAUCCCACGCGGCUACGCAACUGGGCACUGUGAAUAACACUUAUAGCGACGUGUACGCCAAUGCUAUCGAUUCUACUGUAAUUAAAGCGUUAUUAAAAGCAAAUUCUA